CACCCAGUGAGGAUGGUUCUUACUCUUACUCUUAUAGAGACCGGGCCGUGGAGGUCAGCCCGCUUCGUGGUCCCGGUGUCGGGAGGAGCGUUAAACUUCCAGGUUCACAUGUUAUCUCCUGUUUCACACAGGCAAACAGUGAAAUGGCCCGAGCAGAGACCAUUGAGAGCGUGGGGGAAACCGGAGCAGGAGGAAACAGCCCUCUUCCACAUCACAACAUUUGCCGCAUGGAGCUGCCUCGUGCCCUCCACACCUGGCCCAGCCUGCUCACCACCAACACCACAAACACUGGUUCUGGCACUGGUACUGGUGCCAUACUCAUCCACCACCACCAACACCACCAUCUGCAUCCUUUGCAGCCUCUCCAUCUGCCCUUCCCGCUUCCUGAUCAGCCCCAGAUGCACCAGCAACUUCCUGCGCUGUCGCCAUCAUCAGCACCUCCUUCUUUGCAGCUCUGCAACCGGAGGGAGGAGAGGGAUGGAGGAGCUGUAAAACCCUGUGCCUUGUCAGGAGAGGAGUCAGACGCUGACAUAGAGGAACACCGGGAGGCUUCCAGCCAGCAGGGGCCUCUGCCUGACCUGCUGCCCAGGAACGAGCUCCCAUCCUGGUCUGCAUCGUACCACAGAGAUCCCAGGAGAGAGGCGGAGCAGGAGCUGGAGGUCAGGAGAGUGGCCAAUCAGCUGAGAGCCAUCGGGGAUCAAUACAACGCCACCGUCCUCCGCAGAGCGCACGCUGCCCCCCACUGGCAGGACUGGAGAGACGUGUGCCGAGGACUCUUCAACUUCAUCACCCAGUCACUGAGCGCCCUCUACAGGCUCACGUAGGUAGCGUGUCCCCUGCAACCAGCGGUUCUCAUGGGGACUUUUUUACGUACAGGACUCGAACACUGGCCCGUCGCUCGUGAGGAGAAACAUCUGUUCUGUUUGCUGCACUGUUGUUCAUUUGAACCUCGAGGACCAACGCAGACUGAAAUCAAACAUGUUCUUGAACAAAGACGUUGUGAGAAUGAGCUGGAGGUGUUUUCUCAUCCUGUGGACACUGGAGCCUGCCUGUCUGUCUGAACCAUGGUCCGUCCGUCAGUCAGUCUGCUGGUUCGGACUGCAGCUGAUGGACCGACGCUCACUUUUCUACGUGUAUAUUUUGUAAAAUCAAUUUGUUUUCACUGUGUUUGGGGAGCGAUGUUCAUGUUGCAGGCGAGACUCAAGAAUGUGUGUGAGUCAGUGUGUGCGCACACGACAGACCUGGGUCAAACACCUGGAUAGAGUCUGAUGAUCUCAUAAGCUCUUGUUUGAUUUAGUUAAAACUAAUUCAGAGAUUCAUCACAGACAUGAUUUGACCCACAUCUCGUGUGUGCAUGUUACUGUUGUGUCGUUAUUCUGGCCCCAUUCUUACAAACUGUGAAACUGGAAUGUGUAGUUCCAUCGCAGGGAGACGUCGGGUGUUAUUUGACUGUGGAGCCAAGCACAGAGUGAAUCUCUCUCCCAAUCUGAAACGCUUCAGUUCAUCAGACGAAGUGCCUUCAUGCUCAGAGCUGAGGCCGAGUGUCCACCACCAGGACAUCAGCGUGUUUUCAGUCACUUGACUCAAAUGUCAUUUGCAUUACAUUCAAAUGAUCCAGCCUCUGCAUGGUUUAAGGUCAUUUCAGGACAGAAAGGCUUAAUCCCUAUGCACACACACACACAGACACACACUGGGAACUGCCACUGUUAUUUCUCCAAACCAAUCAUUCUGCCAGUGUUGGGAGUUGGCAGCGUUUCACUCGCCUGUGUCCACAGUGUUUAUAGUUACUUGAUCGUAUGUAAAUACUCUUUUUUUGGGACGAUGAAUCUGAGUAAUCUGAACAUUUUGGGCGGA